CAUCUCCUACUUUGCUACCACAAACCAACACUGACUCAAAACAAGUCCUUAUAUACAGACACCUAUAAUCAGCCACCAUGCAAAUCACCAAGACUCUCGUCGCUACCCUCUUCGCCGCCUCCACUGCCUUCGCGGCUCCUACUCCUGCGGACAAGUCCAUGAUGGCCGCUGUUCCCGAGUGGACAAUUACCAACCUGAAGCGAGUGUGCAAUGCUGGCAACACUUCCUGCACCUGGACCUUUGGCGUUGACACUCAUCUCGCCACUGCCACUUCUUGCACAUAUGUUGUCAAGGCAAAUGCCAACGCUUCCCAGGCCAGCGGCGGCCCUGUCACAUGUGGUCCUUACACCAUUACAUCCAGCUGGAGUGGACAGUUUGGCCCCAACAACGGCUUCACCACUUUUGCUGUUACCGAUUUCUCCAAGAAGCUCAUCGUCUGGCCUGCCUAUACCGAUGUCCAAGUCCAGGCUGGCAAGGUCGUUUCUCCCAACCAGAGCUAUGCCCCCGCCAACUUGCCAUAAAUGAGGAGAAUUUGUUUUCGAUUUGCUUUUUAAAUGGUCUAUUUACUCCCAACGGAACAAUCAGGGGCAAUUGGAUACGGCGUUAAAUCAGCCACGGGGAAAUAAAUAUGUACCACGAAACUUAAGCUUAAUGUAAUAAUGAUUGACUAUAAUAAUACAUCAUAUUUAUUAUGUGCCU